AUGGCUUGUAUAGGCUGGGGAAGCGCGGCACAGGUAGUUAGUGCCCCUGUUCACGUUUCGGGGGUGGCUCGAGCCGCGACCGGCUUGGCCGAGCUGCUGCUGCACGCGGCAAAAGUCCCAAUUGCCCCUAUCAUGUUCAUCAGUUGUGCGGCCCAGUCCAGUGUUGAGCGUGUUGAGCUGGAUGCGACACAGUACCUACUUACCGAUGUACCUAACAGUCCAAUCAUAACUCGUUGCCAACUUGUUAGCGAACCGAGCAAGAUUGGCAGCACAAAGGCUCCCGCCUUCCGACCUGCAGGUCCUUGCAUUAAGGAACCAGGGACCAGCCUCAGGUGCAGCCCGCCAUCGGUGGCUGCAGCUACAGUGGUAUCGCGCACCGAACUACCUAUUGCUGGACCAAUCAGCAAGCGCCGUGUCCUACACCAAAUCGCUGGGAUUCUGUAUCACACUGGGCUGUUGAGCAACCUCACCAGCCGUAGCGCCUCACAGACCUGA